CUGGAUUUCUAGGCCAGUUAGAAAUGGAUCCUGUCUCAGCGGCAAGGGAUGAGCUGGAGCGCAGGAUCGCCACGUUAGAGGGUGAAGCCAAGGCUCUUGAAGACCAGGAUAUGAAGAAACGAACUCAUGCAAGUCACAUCAAGAGCCAAUUAAACUGCCUUCUUCCUAUCUUCCAACUCCCCAACGAAGUUCUGCAGCGUAUUUUCCAAAAUAUUCGAGCCGCUUGCGAACCCGCGGACUAUGGCCCAAUCAUCUCUGUCACCCUCGUCUGCCGCCAUUGGAGGGACGUUGCCACGAACCAGCGAGAGUUGUGGUCACACAUCACAGAUGAUCCACGGGAUUUCGUCCCCAUUCUCUUGGAGCGCUCAAAAUCGUCCCGGUUGACAGUGGGUCUUCGGAAUCCCCCUCCAAGAAGGCGUCCCGCUUAUCUAGCAGAGAGGGCCAUCUGGAAGGCCGUCCGUGAACGUAUUGACAGGGUGGAAUCACUUGACAUUGCGAGACCCUGGGACUUUCUGGUCGACUACGUCCAUCAUUUAUGGCCCAAAACUAUCCCAAUCCUUCAAGCCCUUUCUCUCACCAAUCUUUCCGAUACCACAUCCGCGCCCGCAGAGUCAACAGAAUUGCCAUUCCAGGAACGUGAAAGCUUGAAGAAAAUGCCACAGCUACGAAGCCUCAAACUCGUAAACUGCGGUAUCGGCUGGAACUGCCUAUUGCUACGCAAUUUGACGGUGUUCCAUAUCGCAAAUCGAGUCGCCAAUGCUGAUCGGGUGUGCCCAGCGGCGUUCCUCGAUGCUCUAGAAGGAAUGAAACAACUGGCUGAUCUCAACAUUGACAUCACCCUACCCUCCUUGCUGCACCCCAAGACGAGAAACAGGAUGGUCGCCUUGAACUGCCUUGAGUCCUUGAAGAUCACCGGUCGCUUCAACGAAUGUCAUCAAUUUUUGGAACGCAUCCUAAUCCCCGAAACAACCGUCGUGCGAGUCUGUUGCUACGAAGAGACAGACGUCGGCGUAACGGCGAACAUCUCGCUUGUACCUCAACGACUGACAGGGUCACCCUCCGCUUCGACUUCGCGCUCAUCGCCAACUACUGUCCGUUUCACGCGCCCGAAAUUGCGGAGCCUUGAAAUCUUUUCGGGUUGGGAGAUGAACGAAGAGGGUGAACCAAAGGCGGAGUAUUAUGCAUGGCCAGAGCGUAUCGAUUUCUCACUUCCACUCCCGAACAGGCAUCUAUGCUACGAGGUUCCCCAGCACUUUGGUAUGACCGGGACCUAUCCGCUCCUCCGCUCGCUUGACCUGGCCAAUAUCGUUUCCUUAUCCCUCAAAGAGUGGCGGAGCGACUUUGCAGAGAUAGGCAACGUGUUGGAUGAUUUUGAAGCAGUGGAAGACCUUUUCGUAACCGAGCCUACGAUAUUAUUCACCAUGAACGUGGUCCAGGAACACACCACCGAGGUCUUGGGAGAGAGGAACAAUGGAGUUUUCGAAACGCUUCCGAAAUUGAAGAACAUCACCUUCGGAAAACUCGUCUUCAAGAAUCCUUCGCUCUAUUGCUGCCCCCAGGCCUACGACACACGCCAACAUAUCGGAUUUCAACAGUUGUGGGAUCUUGUCGAUGGACGGGAAAAACUGGGCGCGAAGAUCGAAACGAUUCAGUUCUUGGAUUGCUGGAAUUUGUCGGUUGAGCAGGUGGAAAAGCUUAAGACGGCGGUUGGGAAGGUCAUCUGGUCAGGGACGGAGCAGUGGUUGGAGCCUAUGCUGUGCACGAAGUGUAAGGACUGUCGCCAGCGCCGCAGUGAGGGUACGAUUCAGUAG